AUGCUCACCAGGUUCCUGGGCCCGUGCUACCGGGAGUUGGCGAAGAAUUGGCUGCCCAUGGCAGGCCUGUGGGGAGCUGUGGGUUCCGUGGGGCUGGUGUGGGCCACCGACUGGUGGCUGAUCCUGGACUGGGUGCCCUACAUUGACGGCACAUUUAAGAAGGACGACUGAGGAAA